CUUCUUUUCCCUCAAUUUCUGCCAAUUGGACUGCUUUUGAUUGGAAUACGAGCUCUUUCAAUAAGGUGGUAGAAUUACUUUAAGUUUUAUUGCUAUUUCUCUCGAAACUUGCAUUUCGUUGCAGUUUGUGAGCAUUUGUGAAAUAUUUACGUCAAAUACGGAUUGAACGUCUUCAUUUGACGGUUUUUUACUAAUUGAUCUUUUUAUUUAUUUCAAAAAAUGUCUGGAAAAGAAUCAAGAGGCUUACAAGAUCCUCCUGCGUACAACCAAGCUAAUGUUGACAAGGUUGAUCUCGAGAGUGGACGUCCUUUGAAUAAACCGAAUGUAAUAAAGAAACCUCCCAACCCGACUUCUCAUAAAAUCAGUGAGAGAAGAAAGUCGGGAAUGGCAGAAUCGGGCUAUUUCGAUGCUUUCUCAACCGAGUACAGCAAUAGAUUUAUGGAGCUAAGAAAUUAUUAUUUACCACGAAAUGUAGUCGUUAAAUGCUUUCCCCUAUAUAUACUUGCGAAUUUUUUUAUGGUACUAGUGGGUAUUUUUGUAGUAUAUUUUGUUUUUUUUUACUCUUGGGUUUCGAGUGAUUCUUUUUUUUCCGUUGUUCUCAUCCCAUCCUUCAUCUUGAUGGUUUUAUUGUGCUGUAAUCCUCGGUUUUACGUUUAUGGAGUAGGACUUUUUUCUAUAUUGGUGAUUAUCGGCGUGUAUUUUAUAUCAAGUAUUGCCUUGGGGCUGUUUUGUACCAUUAUAGGACUCAUUCCCGCCAUCGGUAGGUUCGUCAGGAACUUUUUUAAGUACUUAGAAUAUUGUAACGUUCAAGACGUUCAGGAAUCGUUUGGAUUCUAUGCUGGAGCCUUCGUCAGGAAACUUUUUAGCAGUGGCUCAAACUUUGCUUAUAUCAUCAUCGCAUCCAUCUGCGGUUUGUUGUUUGACCUUUUUAUCGAAUUCUGUAGUCUGGAAGUCGAACGCUUAAAUGAAAACACUAAUUUGCCUGGGCUUUCCAGAUAUCAAAUAAGGGAUGAUGUACUAUUACCACGAUCAACGACUAUGAAUGAAGCAAUAGAGCUUCAGAACAACUCUACUACACAAAGUUAGUUUUUCGUUUGUUUUGUCUCUUUUUGAAUUUUUGUUUUAUGCCGAUAAAGACUGGAAGUAUUUUUGAAUUUUCGUCAAGGAAAUCUAUUUUAUUGUGGGUUGAGCGAAAAGAGAACGAAUCACAAGCACUUACUUCUAUGCUUUUGUUUAACGUUCUUGCAUUUAAUUAUAAGUGGAUUUGACUACGAAAUCAUCCUUGUAUCAAUAUGAAUUGGAGAUGACGAAGAAAAGUGGACAAUAAAAAGGCAUGCAUAUAAUCCGCGCAUUGAAAGGAACCGUAAUCUGAGAAUCGUUGGCAUCAUUCUAGAUCCUUAUACGCAGGCGUAUAUUAUUUAUUAUUACCAUUAUUCUUAAUUGCAAUUGAAUACGAUCGUUUUAUUUGUAUUCAUUGAACUUGUAAUUAGUCUUUUGUCACUUGUAAAGGAACAACUUGCAAAGAUUCUAUCGAGAAAACGAUUACGGGAAAUAGUCA